GAGGAUGAGGUCAUGGGACUUCACUUCAGCAAGGAGCUCGAGCUCGUCAACACCGAGGUCGCUCCCCAUGCUGGAGACGUCCAAAUGACCGACGCCCAAGAACGACUCAUCAAGAAGCUGGGUGCCAACGCCUACCCCAUCAGCGUCAACCUUCCGGAGAACGCCCCCUGUUCCGUCUCCCUCGACGGCGGGAGUGAGGGUUCUACCCAGCCUCUUGGUGUGAUCUACGAUCUCAGGCUGUACGUUGCUGACCGCAAGGAGGAACGUCCUCACAAGCGGAACUCCGUCGGCUUUGCUGUCCGAAAGGUCCAGUACGCCUGUCCUGGAUCCAGCAACCGUCAGCCACAGACCCUGGUCAGCAAGGGCUUCACUCUUUCCCCAGGAAGGCUCAACCUCGAGGUCACUCUGCCUCAGGAUGUCUACUUCCAUGGACAGCCCAUCGAGGCAACGCUUUCCGUCAACAACGUGUCCAAGAAGACCGUGAAGAACAUGAAGGCUGAGGUUGUGCAGCACGUGGAGGUCACCAUGACCAACACUCACUUCAGCCGAGUUGUGGCUUCACUCGAGUCUCGCGAAGGAUGUCCCAUCACCCCAGGAUGCAACCUCACCAAGACCUUCUCCCAACCCUGUUGCCUCCGUCAACAAGCGACGCUUCGGCAUCGCCCUCGACGGUCAAGUCAAGGACCAGGACGCCAACUUGGCAUCGUCUACCUUGCUCAACUGCGGCGCAUUGCCGGCGACCUGACUGCCGACCUUCCCUUCAAGCUGGUGCACCCCGACCCUGCCUCCGUCAAGGCUCCACUGCGCAAGACUCAGUCUGCCGAUAUCGAAGUGGAGGAAUUCACUAACUUGCGCCGUGGUCAGUCCAUUGCUGAGGACUAA